UAACGUAUCGGCCGCCGCACCGUGCGCACGUGACGUUGCCUCGGUGGAAAGUUUUCCGGGCAAGUGCGCGACGGGUUUUCAGUCGUAGUGCGCGAGCGUGCAACUUCACACCUGCCGAUUCGCCGCUCAAGUGUCGCCGCCGUCCGUCUUCGAUCGGCUCCGGUUCGGUACGGGGAUCAAGCUAAAAGGAAUAGAAUAAAAAUAAAUAAUAACAAAAAAAAAAAAAAAACACUAACAUCGAAUCGUAACAAGAAACGAAAAAAAAAACAGUAAGUGCAAUAAUAACCAGUGUUAGAUGGUGAAGAGUAGUUCAGCGAAGUGCGCACGUGAUUAUUGUUACGAGACACCGAACGAACGGAAAAUUAAAAAUAAAAGUUCACGUCGGAGUUCACGAAUUGUCUUAUAUUUACGAUCGGCUUCGCGUUCCGGACGUGCGAAAUUUCCAGCGAUCAAAUAUUACCUAACGGUUUUCACGAAGGGCUGGUAAAAAAACAACGAUAAAACGAGAAAUUAAUGAUGACGUUGACGUGGAUGAUAGAAUGCAGAAUCUUGCCGACAAGACACAAUGCCACGUAACCAUGAAGACUAUGCCAUAUAUGAUCCAUGUACUGCUGAUAUUGAUAUUGAUAACCGUAAUCAACAAUUGUGGCGAAUGUAGACCGCAGUCGGGGCAGCCGAGUCAGCCGCAGGCCGGGUCGCCGCUGGACCCGAACGACACCAGCAACGGCGGCGGCAACAACAGCGCGAUAUCGCGACGCGGCUGGCGGGGCGAGUGGCGCAGGACCGACCCUGGCACCGUGUACAGUUACAUAUGGAAGAGCAGCGACCAGCCGCUCGGUAAAGCCGAACUGUACAUCAUACUCGCGCUGCUGAUCGGCAUGGCGACCGUCAUAGUCGGCUGUUGGCUAUCGGACAACUGUUGGUCGCCCGAACCGGAACAACACUACACGAUCGCGUGGCACGACCGGCACCGAUGGAUAUGAGAAACGGUCCGGGGUGGAAAAAGAACAACCCCGCGACAGCAAACCGGUCCGGACGCGGUCGUCCGCGAUCCGGUGCUCCGCCGUCAAUGUAAUCGACCGUGAACCGCAGACACAGUCCGGUAAUAAACGCACUAAUUAACGGUUACGAUAAACAACGUCCAUAACAUUUGUAACGAUCAUUGUUUUGUUAUUUGCCCGUUAGCCAUGAGCCUCCUCCCACCCCCACAAUCCGGUCGGAAGUUGUGGGUAAUAAUUAUUAAAUCGACUCGGCGUCACCGGACCACAAAGCAACCGUUUUGAAAACAAAGAUUUAUCAAUAUCCUCGUUAUCAUCAAAUAGUUUAUUAACAUUUCUCGCGCCAUUAGUGUCGCAGUAUCUGGUAGCGGUGGAAAUAUCCGAAUUUCAAGGACCAUCCGGAUCGAUCAAUUCGAUUUCACUGCUUGCUCUAUAACUGAUUCUCGUGUUUACAAAUAUUCAAUUAACGUUGUGCUGUUAGGAUAGGUCGAUCGAGUAUUCAGUCAUGGCAUCUUUGUAAGUCAUAGAUAUAUAUAAAAUAGUACAGCAACUAGUUUCGGUAACUAAUAGUAAAUCGUAAAAACUGUUAGAGUCAUGAUAAGUAUUUCUGUAAUUCGUACAGCAUCAUAAUGAUCUUUUGUUAAAUUUUGACUAUCAUAAAAUAAAAAAAUAAUUAAUUGUUACCUAGAAAUUAAAAAUAUUUAUAAGUCGCGUACGAAGCAUAUCCAUAAAUCCGAACCAUCCGAUCAUUCGAUAAGUUCAGAUCUUCGGAUUUUGUGCCCAUCUCUAGUACGCAGCAGUAAUAAUAGUUGUAGCUGUUCUAACCAUAGUGAAAACCAAAACGACUACAAUAGUACAUGAGCAGGUGUAUAUAAUUAUUUUUAAUAUUUAGCCGAGACUUUCGCGAUUGAUCUCUUCGAUCCAUCUCGUGCACCGGUAUAAGGUAUAAUGUUAUAAUGUGCGCAUCAAUUAAAAUCCACACGUUCCUUUUGCAGUUGAAAAUUAAAUUGCUACAGGGCUCUCGGUCCGGGACGCGUAAACGUUAUUUUCGUCGGUUGAACUCGAUGCGGAAGAUUUCAUCGUCUCCUAACGCAUCAACGCUGCCGACCACCGACAAAUAACUAUUAAUUGUUCAGCCGCACUUGCUCGUUCGCAAUGAUAAUAAAACCGGUGUACAUAUAUUUAGUUCUAGAACAAUGGUUUUCAACCUGUGCGUCGCGGCUCCCAGAGGCGUCGCCGGUUAUUAUCAAGGGAGCCGCGUUCGUAAUAAAAACUAAAAAUAAAAUUUCCGCGCACCAAUACAUAUUACAUGUUGCGUGUGUAAGACAGAUCGGCCGUCGAUAAUCGUGUUUGCGAUAUCGAGAAAUAGCAAAUUUCGAUUACUAUUUAUAAUUAGGUGAUUUGCCUCUAAUCUAAUCUAUUUUAAAUGUUCGUAUGGGAGCCGUAUAUUUUAUUUCGAAAUCAAAAGGAGCCGUGGACCCAAAAAGGUUGACAACCACUGCUCUAGAAGAUAAAGUUAUCGCACAAAUCUCGCAUAUUUUUUAAACGUGUACAUAUAAAUAGUUUGUAUAUAUCACAUAAUCCUGUUCUAAAAUACUUGUCUCUUUUUUUCAAUUCACUUUUGUAAAUACGAAACGAUUCGACAAAAUAUCAUAACCUUUUAUUAUAAUAAUGUACAUUGUGUGUUAUGUUCCAGCACCGGACGUGCAUUUCCGUGAUUUUCCUUCUAGUCGUCAAUUAUUUACAUAAAAACAUAAUGAUUAUUUAUGUUCAUGUACAUCACUAUAAUACUGUUUUACGUAUUUUAUUAACUGUCAAUUACUAUUGUGAAACCAAUAAGACGUUAGAUUUAACUUAGGUAGGUCAUUGGGACGCAAACAUAACAAGUCGUUUUCGGUGUAUUUUUUUUUUUUUUUUUUUUGUUAAACUGCAAGUGGUGUCAGACGAGAAGAAACGAUUGUACGAACAAAUAAUUAUAAAGUAUUGGUAAUGAGUUUAUUAAAGAUCAAAAGCUAUUACUUUUUCGCCUGAUGUUUUCAGUAAAAUUAAUACUUAGUUUUUAGAUAGUAAAUAGACUCCCGCUAAUGAUGUUAGAUUCUAAAAUGCAGGACCUAUUGUAUUAUUUUUCAAUACACUAAUAUCGGUUUUGUAUAAUGUGCAGGGUUAGUAGCUUUUUUAUAAUUUAAAACGAUAUAAUAACUCGUAUGCCUUCAAAUUAAGUACGUGAUACAAUCACAUGCAUAUAGUUCAUUUUACCAACCGAUAUAGUUCGUCGAUCGGGACACAGCUCGUUUUGAGUUGUAAAUAACAACUAGGUUUUUAUUUAUUACUAGGAAACAUAGUUAUAAUAUUAACUUAAAACUUAAUUCAUAUUAUUACAACGAUUUUCGUUUUAGAAGCAACUAUUGAUAACGUCCUAAGCUUGCAGUACAUUUCAGAAAAUAUUUAUA